CCUCCUCUCUCGUCCCCCUGCUCCUCCUCUCUUACCUCCUGCUCCUCCUCUUCCUCCUGUUUCUCUUCCCUCUUCUCCUCCGGUUUUCAGUUGAAGUUCAAGGAAGAUAUUAGAUGUGUAAACGAUUGGCUGGUUCAGGUUCCAUACUAUGCUGUGCGACAGGUCUCUCCUGUUGACUUGGAAGUGUGCCGAGGAUCGUCUCCCUACGCUGUUCACUCCGUCGUCCCUCCUUCCUGCCUGGCCUCAUUCAGUAACCUCUCUACCAGCUUGGCUUGUUGUGUUGUCGGGGGUAACGCUGUUGCCGGGGACGAUGUCUGAGCACAUGCAGCUGUCCUUAGCUCUGUGUAGGAUCGGCUUCUAUACGUGUUUCCGGGCACUGUGCUGUAAAGGACAUCCCCCGUCCAGACCAGAGUAUGAUGUGGUGUGUAUCGGACUGACCGGGGCCGGCAAGAGCAGCCUACUGGCGUGGCUGUGUAACGAGGGGAGCCACGGCAUCGGUCCGACCACAGGCUUCAGCAUCAAAGCAGUACCGUUCCCAAACGCCAUCUUGAAUGUAAAGGAACUCGGAGGAGCGGAGAACAUUAAGAAGUACUGGUCUCGGUACUACCAGGGUUCUCAGGGUGUGGUAUUCGUAUUGGACAGCGCUUCUUCAGACGAGGAGUUGGAGUCGGCCCGCAACGAGCUCCACUCUGCCCUGCAGCACCCCCAGCUCUGCACCCUACCCUUCCUCAUACUGGCCAACCACCAGGACAAACCUGCUGCCCGCCCACCCAACCAGGUAGACGAUUGGACUAUUUGUCCAAUGUACACAAACAUCCAAUGUAAGUGUGGAUCAUGAUUUAACCCUUAGGAAAGACACACAGA